AGCUAGCAGUGUGCUGCAGCGCACCAGACGGCUAGUGGGCAGCAUAAGGAGGGCACGCAGUCUGCAAGAGGAACGUCUGUUUAGCUAGCACCGAUCCAUCAGGUAGGAAGCACCGUGUUUCAGAGCACGGGCAAGUUUAUUAGGCGAAAAUUCCGAUGACCUCCGCACCGGAGCAUCCGGAACAGAACGUUCAGGCUAACACAUGGCUUAUGGUGGUCAGCGUCCAUCUCCUCCAGCUCUGGAGGUUGGCUCUCCUGUAGAGCUAGUGCGGGACCCAAUGAGUCAUCACGGAGUGAUUAGGUGGAUGGGGUCUGUACCUGGGACGAGGGCGGGCACCAUGGCUGGAGUGGAGCUGGACAGUCCAAUGAGGGGACUGGGGACGGAACGUGGAUGGGUCGUCACUACUUUACCUGUCGUCCUGGGAAAGCUAUCUUCAUUCCUGUAGCCUCUCUCAGACGUGCCCCAAGGAUGCCUCAACCCACAAUACUCCCCAAUAGUGGACGACAGGCAGCUAUAUCCCCAGAUAUCGCUCUUCAGGUACAGCAGUACCAACAGAGUAAAGGAUUGCCACUGGAGGACGCAGUACGUGAGGCUGGCAAGGAGAUCGUUAUACUCCAGGAGACUGGCAAAAACGUUGGGGGCGGGUCUUAUGGUGGGGUCAUCGAAGUUCAGGUCCAGGGCCGAAAGUGUGCAGCCAAGAAGCUUCAUGAGACGUUCACUGGGAGAGAUGUUCCACGCCGAGAUAGAGCAGCAAUGGUCGAGCGAUUCGAGAAUGAAUGUCGCCGUGUCAUCUACCUGAGUCACCCCAACAUCGUAGAGAUGAUAGGUAUCCACUUUGACAGGGCCACUCGACUCCCCACUCUGGUCAUGGAGCUGAUGAAUGUCUCUCUCUACCAGCAUUUAGAGAACAACCCCAAACCCUCUUCCGUCCCACUCUCCACAAAGUACAGCAUUCUGCGUGACGUGGCCAGCGGUCUCCUCUACCUACACUCCCUCCCUCCACCCCUUGGUCCCAUAAUCCACAGGGACCUCACUGCCAAGAAUAUCCUACUGAAUCUUGGUAGCAAAGUAGUCGCCAAGAUUGCUGACUUGGGCCAGGCAAAGACUGAUCCAGUGUAUGCCACUAGGCGGCAAAUGCUCAGCAUGAGCCCAGGAAACCAGCUACAUAUGCCUCCCGAAGCCAGGGUAGAAGACCCGGUCUAUAAUGCCUCGCUCGAUGUCUUCUCGUUUGGAGUUGUCGUACUUCACACCCUCACACACGAAUGGCCCGAUCCAGAUAAAGGGUCAUCUGGAGGUAGACAGAAGAAGGCUUCAUCUUGACAAGAUUGCCGGCGACCCUCUGAAGCCAUUAGUCGCUCAAUGCCUUAGCCAAGAGCCUCGGAAAAGGCCGACUACCGGUGAGGUUUACCAUUUUGUAGAGCAGCAGUAUUCUGCUGUAAAGGCCGAGGGAAGCAAGAGAGAGGAGAGCCGGAUUUUGCAGAGGAAGGAACAUGUCUACGACACAGUGGGCCAAUUUGGUGGAUCACAAGGCCAUCACAGGGCCAAUCCUGUUGACAGUCACAGGGCCUAUGCUCCCAUGGUCCAUGCUGAUUCUGUUGGCGACUUGUUGGCUCUCCUGUACAGCUAAUGGCAGACCCCAGUCGUCACGGAGUGAUCAGAUGGCUGGGGACUCUACCAGAGACACGGGGUACCAUUGCCGGAGUGGAGCUGGAUGGUCCAAUGGAGGGGUGUGGGGAUGGGGAGUGGAGUGGUCGUCGUUACUUUACCUGUCUCCCCGGGAGAGCCUUCUUCUGUCCUGCCUCCUCUCUCAGGGCUGACCUUCACACAUCCCAUUCCAGACUCAAAGCUAGAUCCUCAGAAAAUUGUGGUGGUGGUUUGAGCAACAUGCUAGUCUUCACUCCUCAUAUGCUCCACCGAGGUAUCCCUGCUAAUAUCCUGGGGGCAAUGCAAGAUCAUGAAAGCAUGCACCGACUUUCAAAGAUCGGACGAACCUACCCUAAACUGACAGUCGUUCCUGCUGAGAAGGCUAAACCGCAUUAUGUCAACAUUACACAAGGUCCUCAUGGUCUUAGAGUAGCACACAGGGAGCCCACAGUCUCCAACAUACCCCAGGGAAUAAGCUAUUGUCCAGGAGAUUCUAAAAUGGUACCAGCAACCAGCACUGCACAUCGGCAACUGAGCUAUCCAACUAACCAAACCUGUCCUAGUCAGCAGCAGUUUGUUCCGCAGAUCCCACCAUUUGGUCAAGUUCCUGGCCCUCCCCAGGGUACAAAUUGCGGUCAAUUUCAGUCAAAUAACAUACCUCAAAAUUCACAGUCCACAUUAAUGGCCACGUCUCAGGCAGACCCACAGCCUCCAGCUGCAAACCAUCGACAACUCCAUAACAGUAUCCCUCAGCUCCAGAAUCAGUGGCCACAGCACCAGCACUCCUACAUAGGUCACCAAGAGUCUGCUCUUCAUCCCUCUGGUUGUGGAUGGGACGGUAGGCGAGCUAACAAUCCCACCGUCUUCCAGAAUGUUCCUGAACCUACACCCACUGUCUACCCUACAACUACUGUCUUCCCGAAUGUUCCUAACCACUUGUCCAGUGCAGAACCUACAUCUUCAAACUCUACACUGUUCCAGAACAUCCCUCCCACCACCUCCUGUAUUUCGGGCUGGGACGGAGCUCGUGCUGAUCCCAAAAAUCCCACCGUCUUCCAGAACUAUCCCUGCCAACACUCUGCUGGGGAUGUAGAACCCACAACACCUACUCUGACUCCCAGCAAAACCUUCAGCAAGGUUGCCCCAACACCAGCAGACUCAGCUCACACAGAGAGAGUUGAAAACGGAUGGAUGUCCACUGAAUCAGCAUGUCAGGCAUCUCCCUAUAACAGUCGACAUUCCCUCAUACUUAACCUCCCUCCACCUAUUAUAACUGACUUCACCAGUUUUGGGACUGAUGCAUUCACAAGGAUCCCAGGUGGACAGUCAGACGUUACCGAUUCUGCAAGUGGAUUUUAUAGUCUACUCUCUGACACUGACCAACAAGGACUUGGGAACCUCCAAACUGCUCACUAUGAGGAAUCCCACCAAACGACCAUGGCUAGCUCUUCUCCUGAGAAUGGCUCUAGUGUGGACCUCUAUGGCAGUGACCGGAAUUUGCCCACAACUCCAACAAACAGUCUCCAGUCUUUACAACUCGGUCUGGACCGAGACAUCUCUCCAACGGCCCAUAGGCACACAGGCUUAUCUUCUGAAAAUGGCUCUAGUGUUGAUCUAUACGCCAGCCCUCAUUCGCCCACUUCUCCAACAAAUGGUAUCGAGUCGGUACAACCAUUUCUAGACACAAACAACCCUCCAGUGGACAUGAACCGACAAAUUUCAAGCUUAUCUUCUGAAAACGGCUCUAGUGUU